CCGAGUCGAGGCGGGCGCGCGCCCGGGUGACGUCAGCAGUGCAGAAGAUGGCGGCGCUCGUGAAGUUGGAAGUGUGGCCGUGUUUUCUUCACUGGACCGUGUGACCGCGUCCCCCUGCAUGACCUUCAUCAUGAACAACAAGGAUGGUGCUAAAGAGACCGAGUCCGGUGCUCAGAUGAAGGUGUUUCUACCCAAUAAACUGUUGGAGUGUUUGCCACCUACAUCAUCUCUACCCAAAGAAAGAUUGCGCUGGAACACCAAUGAGGAGAUUGCAUCUUUCCUGGUGUCUUUCGACAGACAUGAGGAGUGGCUCGCCUGCACUCUGAAGACCAGACCGCAGAACGGUUCCAUUAUCUUGUACAAUCGCAAGAAAGUCAAAUACAGAAAAGACGGAUACUGCUGGAAGAAAAGAAAAGAUGGGAAGACGACAAGAGAAGAUCACAUGAAGCUGAAGGUUCAGGGCAUCGAGUGUCUUUACGGUUGUUACGUUCAUUCCUCCAUCGUCCCAACAUUCCACAGGAGAUGCUAUUGGCUGCUGCAGAAUCCGGACAUUGUGCUGGUUCAUUAUCUCAAUGUGCCGUCACUGGAGGAGAGCGUGAAAUCCUGCGGUCCGGUGUCAUGUACACUGACAGACCGACGGGAUAGUAUGCGCUGGAGCCGAGACGAACUGCUCUCACAACUCAAGCCCAUGUUCCACAGUAUGAAAUGGUCUUGUGGAGGUAUCAGUGCAGUGGAGUUCUCAGUGGAGCAGAUGGUUCAGCAGAUCCUAGAAACUCAGCAGACCAAACCACAACCCCGAACACACACCUGUCUGUGCGCGUCUCCCGGCUCCAACAUUCCUCACCGCUGUACUAGCACGAAGCAUCGCAUUAUCUCCCCCAAACUGCCCACGUGUCCCGCCCCUUACCCCGCCCUCACGGAGCUGCAGAAUCUGGAUACUGAGAGCUCGGUAGGGGAGGCGGGUCGAGAGGUAACGUCGGGUGAGGCUGUGGUGGCCGUCGUGCCUUUAGAGAGGAAAGUGACGUCCAGUAAACCAGAGGAUUCAGGACGAGUCGUUACAGAGGACACAGGGGGCGUGGCUUCACCGUGCUCUUCCUCGUCCUCCUCGAGUCCGCCCCAAACUCAACGAGCGGCGACCAUCGCCCUUGGCAAUGGAAACGGAUUCUACGGUGACCAGCGUGGUGGCCUGACGACGGUGGCCCUGCCGCAGAACGCGGUCAUCGUCAUGACGACAGCAGCGACAGUGGGCCUUGGGGGGGAAGAUUCGAAGAGCGAGUCGGGCCCCACGCGACUAUCACUCACCCGGGCCGGCAGCCGACUCGUCCUAUCCCCCGUACCGCCCAAACGAGACACGCCUCCUCCUCCCACCUCCACCUCUCCGCCGAGCCUCGUCCCGGCCAAUCAGGGGGUGGCCACUUUGUCACUCACUCUACUACCUAGUCCUGUGAUUGGAGGACUCGUACUGACUGACCGCAUUAUCCCAGAAGCACCCGGAACACUCAUGCAGCUGGCGUCUCCGUCGCCCUCCCUCCUCCCGUUCGACCCCGACUCUUUCCUUAACAGCCCUAAACAGGGUCAGACCUACGGAGGCCCUUCCCUCCCGUCCCAUAUCUCCAUCCACUCCAUCUACAGCUCCUCCACCCCGUCACCAGUUCCCUCAAUAUCUCCUCAGGCUCCAUCUCUCGCUCUGUCGCUCUCGCCCACUUCUCCGCCGUCAUCUCUGUCUUCCCUCUCUUCAGAGGCGGAGAGGAAGAGCAUUGCGGGUCGUCCCUCUUCCAGCCCGUCCUCGCUGUCUCCUCUCUCUCUUUCGCUUUCUCCGUCUCGCUCUACCCCCGAGCUGCUUCCGCUAUGCCUGGAGUCAUCUUUAGGUCUCGAUCCGUUGACCCAACCACUAAGUCCCGCCCUCUGUACGCAGGAGCCCACAUCGUCGCUGUCAGCGGAGGGCAAAGGUCCUCCUGCUGGACUUGAUACACAGUCUGCACCUAAUCACUUACUGACCAAUCAGUUCUCACUUUCUCAGCACAUGAGUAACCAGUUGGUGUCCACCAGUCAAGUCCAUAGGAUGUGUCCCUCCCUCGAAGUGUUGCCAACCAAUCGGUCGCCUCCCAAGGGGGAAGAGUUGCAGCUCCUUGCGAGCAACUCGACAUGCAUUCAGCAGCAGAAUAUGACCCCGCCCGCUUCCACGCCCAUAAACGGUCAGAUGAGUCCUGUACAGGUAAAGGAAGAGCGGUCUCCGCCCACUCAGGUGCAUUUUGAAUCAGAAGUAACUCCGAUGGACACCACCCACAGUUCUGACUCCACCCACAUGGACAACCAGGAGACUGGGCUCACCUUUGACUCCACCUUCCCAGACCUCAUUUCUGAGCUGAUAACUGAGGACACCAUCAACCACGCCCCAAACCCACCCGUUUACCCCAUCAGGUACAUGGUUCCACCUCAGCCGACACCCUCCACCUCGUUCUUACCCUUCCCUCUGCUAACACACAUGUCCAGCGGCUCUGCGGAGGACACGCACCGAUUGGCCAGCAUCACAGACUUCUCACCGGAGUGGUCUUACCCCGAGGGUGGAGUGAAGGUUCUGAUCACGGGUCCAUGGUCUGAGACGGACGCCAGAUACUCGUGUGUGUUUGAUCUGAGUCGAGUUCCUGCAUCUCUCAUUCAGCCAGGUGUCCUGCGCUGUUACUGUCCUGCUCAUGAAGCAGGUCUUGUCGCUCUACACGUCUGGAUGGAUUCUCGUGUGGUUUCCUCUUCUGUGCUCUUCGAGUAUCGUGCCCGCAACGCCUCGUCCUUACCCAGCUCACAGCUGGACUGGCUAUCACUGGAUGAUAAUCAGUUCAGGAUGUCCAUUCUGGAACGAUUGGAACAGAUGGAACGCAGAAUGACAGAAAUGAGACGCAACAAUCAACAACAUGUGUAUCAAUAUCAUCAGCAACAACAACUGAACCAAAACCCUGCAACACGAAUCACUCCUGAAAACCAGUCGGGUGUGUGGUUUGAGCACAGGAUCGUGGCUGUGUGUGAACGCAUGAUGUCGGGCGGUAGAUGGGAGCGAGAUGCUGAGAGAGAGACGCUCACACACUCCGUGAGACAUCGAGGAAUGACGCUGCUUCAUCUGGCCGCUGCGCAGGGAUACACACAACUCAUACACACACUCAUGCGCUGGAGGAGUCUGAGCGUCAACAGUUUGACUCUGGAGCAGGAAGUGGAUCCUCUGAAUGUCGAUCAUUUCUCCUGCACACCUCUGAUGUGGGCGUGUGCUCUGGGUCAUCAGGCAGCUGCGGUUCUGUUGUACCGCUGGAACAGUGCGGCUCUGGGAAUCCCCGACUCUCUCGGCCGACUGCCGCUGGCGGUGGCACAUUCACGAGGACACACACGACUGGCACGCUGUCUGGAGGAGUUACACACGCAAGAACACACACGUGACAGCCUCUCACCCACAUACAGACCAUCCUCUCCACUGUCCAGCAGCCCGGACACCGGUUUAAGUUCGUCCAGCAGUGUCCCCUCCCCCAGUGAUCCGCCCUCUCCCUCCCCUAGCUCCGCCUACUCCAGCGGUUCGGUUCCUGACCCCAUGGACUCUGCCUCCUCUCCCUCCUCCCCUCUGUCAGUACCGCCCCCGGCCGACUCGCUCUUCCUGAUGGACUAUGAGACAGCGAGCCCCCCCUCUGCACCCCCUCCUCACAGCAACACGAUGUCUCUGGCCGAUGAGCUGCUGGACUACAGCGAGAACGCCGAGAACGAGGACUUCCUGUCAGCUGACGUCCUGCAGGUUGACAUGACAACACUGGCUGAGCAGAUCAUUGAGGCCACACCUGAACGAAUCAAACAGGAGGAGUUUAAUCGAGAGGCGGAGUCACCGCUUAGAGAGAGGCGGGACAAUCCUGCCAUUCACGACACCAUGCCCUGGCUUGCGCCGUACCUCGACACUGUGGACAGGAGCCUGUGCGCCGCCCCUCCCUCCCCCCUCAGUGAUUUGGUGCUGCAGAGGCUUCGGCCCCCGAGCAGUGCGGCGUGGGCGGAGUUUUUAAACGCCUCAGCCAAUGGAAGGAUGGAGAGAGAUUUUGCACUACUGACACUCACAGACACAGAACAGAGGGAACUGUAUGAAGCUGCACGUGUUAUACAGAACGCCUUCCGCAGAUACAAGGGGCGGAGACUAAAGGAGCAGCAGGACAUGGCGGCCGCAGUUAUACAGCGCUGUUACCGCAAAUACAAACAGCUAACUUGGAUAGCGUUGAAGUAUGCCUUAUAUAAGAAGAUGACGCAGGCAGCUAUAUUGAUUCAGAGUAAGUUUCGCAGUUAUUAUGAGCAGAAGAAGUUCCAGCAGUCGCGUCGGGCGGCCGUUCUCAUCCAGCAGUACUACCGCAGUUAUAAAGAGUAUGAGCGUGUCAAACAGGGACCCCGCGGCCCUGGGACCCUUAACACCAGGAUCAAAGGAUCUUUCCUGACGAAAAAACAGGAUCAGGCUGCACGAAAGAUCAUGCGUUUCCUCAGACGCUGCAGACACAGAAUUAAAGAGCUAAAACAGAGUAAAGAGUUGGAGAGGAGAGGACUCACCACCUGACCACACACACACACACACACACAGGCUGGGCAAUAUAUAGAAUAUUGUCAUCAUCAUCAAAACGGUGACAGCAAGUGAUGCAGAAAUUAUUAAUUAAUCCCCAAAAAUAGAGAAUGGCCUUUAGUAUACAAUAUACACUAAAUAAUUUCAAAUUUUGGAAAGACAUUAAGACAAUUUUUGGUAUAUCACCGGUCCUAACACACACACACAAAUGCACUGAUACACACAGUCUUUCAGUCAUGUUUACAGUCAAAUAAUACACACAAAUAAUUCACAUUUUUUUCCAAAAGUGCAGGACUUGAUUGACUGAGAGAGAGGAACAUUCAUUUUUUUCUUUGAUUGUUGACGCAUCACUACAGUUCACGUUCAGCUUUACUGAAUGUUUUAAUGUAUUUAUGGAUCUCUAUAUAAAUGUAAACGAUGUAUACUCGCAUAUAUUAUCAUAAAGAGUUGAUUUAUUUAUUGAUAUAUUGGUAUUUUAUAGCGCUCGGCCUCACAGGAAGAAAAAGAACGAUGCUCAUCAUGUUUAUUUCCAAAGUCUUAAAAUCGUAGUUGCCAUGGUAACACGAGGCUUAAAUGUAAUGAUGCCUAGUGCUAAACACACAUUCUGGAAUAUUAUUUACAUUAACUUAAACAUGUAAACGCACUUGUGUGUGGUGAAGUGACGCGCUGCUUUCUGCUGUUUGUACGUAAACCUGAAGAAAUGAAACUUUCUCUCAAGGUCAUCCAUAAUUCUCAGUUUUCACUCCAACGGCUCGUGCUCGAUACUAUUACAGUUUAUUUCGGAGUUACAUAGAACUAGAAUUUAAUUUAUCGAAAUGUUCUGGGUCUUUAUAGUAAAGAAAUGGUUUUGAUUGGUACCUCAGUCGAUAGAAACAUCAAGAUGACAUUGACAUCCAUGGGUCGUGACUUUGAGCAGAUAAAAAUGUUCACCGCCUCAUCGAGAAGUGGUGACGUCAGACUUUUGUUGCCAAAUAGAUUUUGUGUGAUACAAUCGCCGUCUGUAAGAAGUUAUAACACAAUACACAUAAGGCCACCAGAGAGUGCCAAGAUAAAUCUGAGAGAAACUUUAUGACACUUUUAGUUUGAUGUUUGAGAAAAGCACUAGGCAUCGUUUAUUUAUUGGAUAUUUUUGAAUGUGCCUUGAUGUGUUUUUAUCCGAUUGAACGGUUCUGUGUCAUUGAAGAACCAUCAUGAAUCAUCUUUAUGCAUUAGUCUUGUAUAUAAUGUACAGUAUAAAGAGUUGGUGAAAGUAUAUUUAAGAAUGAAAAUGAUUGAUUUAUUCUUCUGUACUGGCUGCUGAUGUGCACGCUUCUCUUGACAUCACCAGGUUUUAGUUUAGCAUGUUUUUGCUUGUGUUUAUAUUUCCACUUGCUUAAUCUGAUGUGACUAUUUAUUAUUAUGGAUUUAUAGAAACGUUUGAAUUGAAUUUUUUGAAUUGAUACUGUAAACUCAUUCUUACAUUUUUGCUAAUAUUCGUUUUAGCCGUUUUACUGUUUCAUAACGUUUCAUUAAACAUCAAAUUCAACUUCUUUUUUGUGGGAUUUC